AUGGCCGGCCCUGUCCCCGUCGCCAGCUCUCUGAGCGACAUCUACACCGUUGAUGCCAUCGGCACUCAAGCAAAGAGAUGGAACAACCUCCUCGCUCGCUUCCAGACCAUCUACGGCCAGCCAGCCGAGUUCGUGGCUAGAUCACCCGGCAGAGUGAACAUCAUCGGCGAGCACAUCGACUACUCUCUCUACCCCGUCCUCCCCAUGGCCAUCACUGCCGACUCACUCCUUGCUGUAUCAACCAACGUUGCCUCUACCAACACCAAGGAAGGCCACUACAAGAUCAAGAUCGCCAAUGUUCAAGACGCCAAAUUCCCCGCUCACGAGUUUGACAUUCCCUAUGAAGCCGUGGAUAUCGAUGCUACUGUUCACGAGUGGACCAACUACUUCAAGUCUGGCCUCAAGGGUGCUUUGGAGCUGCUGCGCAAGAAGCACGGCAAUGACUUCGAGCCAAAGAGCAUGCAAAUCUUGAUGGAUGGGACAGUUCCGGCGGGUGGUGGCUUGAGCUCCAGCGCUGCAUUUGUGAGCUCGAGUGCUCUGGCUGUCAUGGUGGCCAAUGGUGAGAAGACUGUGGACAAGACUGAGUUGACUGAGCUGGCUAUUGUGAGCGAGCGGGCUGUUGGUGUCAACUCGGGCGGAAUGGACCAAUCCGCCUCCGUCUUCUCAGAACGCGGCUCAGCCCUCUUCGUCUCCUUCACUCCCUCCCUCAAAGCCCGCCCGGUCUCGUUCCCCAAGACUAACCCCGAACUCACCUUCCUCAUCGCCCAAUCCUUCGUCACAGCCGACAAGUUCGUCACUGGCCCCGUCCACUACAACCUCCGGGUGGUAGAAUGCUCUCUCGCCGCUGCCUACCUCAACGCCGUUCUCAACCCCCCCGGAACCCAACUCCCAUCUGACGCCAGCCCGCUCUCGGUCAGUCUUCACGGCUUUCACGAAACGUACUUUGCCCUCCAGGAGCACUCUUCUGGCGCGACAAAGUCCAAGUCGACCGAGUCCCAACUUGAAGAGUUGGUUGCUCUCACAGCAGAAAAGCUCGACAAGAGGGACGGCUACACCCGCGAGGAGAUCGCCGCCGUCCUUAACAUCUCAGUCGAUGAACUCAACAAGAAAUUCACCUCUCGCUUCCCCGUCCGGGCGGAGAAGUUCAAGUUGAGACAGAGAGCCCUCCACGUGUUUAGCGAAGCGUUAAGGGUGCUAAAGUUUAUGUCCUUGCUUGAGCAGCAACCGACAAACACGGAUGACACAUCAGAGUACAAUGCCCAAUUAGGCGACCUGCUCAACCAAACCCAGGACUCGUGCCGGGAUGUCUACGAGUGCAGCUGCAAGGAGAUUGACGAGCUGUGUUCUAUCGCGAGAAAGGCGGGGAGCUAUGGGAGUAGACUGACGGGUGCUGGGUGGGGUGGUUGUUCGGUCCAUCUCGUGCCUGCUGGCAAGGUCAAGGCUGUGAGGGAGGCGUGGGAGAGGGAGUAUUACAGCAAGUUGGACUUGAGCGAGGAGCAGAAGGAGGCUGCGGUGGUGGUGAGUAAACCGGGGAGUGGGAGCGCGGUUUACUUGGUGGACGAUAAGCCCGGGCCGGUGGUGGUGGAUGAUAGGGAUAGGGGUAGUGAGGUGUAUUGA